AUGACUGUGAUUAGAGCAGAGGAGGAGUGUAGUGGGACAGAAGGGAGAGAUGUUGCAGGUAUGAGGGUGCUACACUGGUGCAUGCUGGGAGUGACCAUCCUGCUGCUGGUCUGUGAGGUCACCAUCAGUCAGCUGUGCAACUCCCUCAUCAUGUUAGUGGACGGUUUCCACACACUCUUCAUCCUCUUUCGCAUGUCUCUUCCUCCUCCUCAAACGGCGAGCAUAAAAAAAACGCUGCUCUCCUCUUUGGAUUCCUCCGCAUCUCCUCCACAUGCAUCCUCCUCCUCUGCAGUACUUCCCUCCAUCCUGCCUGCAGAGUCGUCCAUUGAAUCUCCACCUGAUGGGCCUCUGGACUGUGGCGUGUCCUACACCAGCAGCAGGAUUCAGCCUGUGGGGGCUUUCAUUUCGGCUCUCCUCCUGACCUCUCUGUGUCUCUCUUACUUCAUUGAAAUCAUCAGCUUUUCCCUUGAGCCUCACCCAGUGCAGCGCCCCCUGCUGCUUGUGGUGGUGGGAGCUGUCAGUCUGCUUCAUAAGGCGCUGGUGGUCUGGCUGAACUGGGAUCAGCUGCAAAAGGAGAGGGCCGAAACCAGCAGGCAGACAAAAAGCGAAUCUCACCUUGAAGUGAACCACAAAGUCUUGUCUGCAGAGGAAACCAAAGGCCAGGCUGAGCCGGGGCGAGUCCUGGAUGACAUUAGCAACCUCCAGUCUGCCGUGGACAACUCACUCCACAAUGGGGCGCUUAUUCUCUGCAACCCGGGAACCUCCAGCGUCCCAGACACUGACUCUCAAACUGCCCAACAACAGCCAGUCCACCUGCAUGCAGCAGCUCAGCAGGACAGCAGGGACUGUGAGGCAGCCAGCGGUGUUGCAGAUUUUAAGGUUGGCAAGUGUGCGAGUCGUUCAGAAGACAUCGCAGAGAUUUCCAAAGACAACACCUGCAUUGGACAUCUUGACAGUCAUAAUGCAUCUAAUACCAACUUCUACAAGUCAUCACAUCACAUUGAGAGGACUUUACCAAGGAGCCAAUGGCCAGUCAGUCUCCUGUCCUUUGUCCUGGUCAUGCAGGGCCUUUGUACCUCUCUGCUGGCUCUGAUCAACAGCCUGGUGAUGCUGCUGAUCGACCCACAGUUCCUAAACAGCUCUGCAACCUGUGGCCUGCUGGUUUACCUGGAUCCUGUUAUCUCUCUGCUGGCUGUGAUUAUGCUGAUUGCCACGGCUGCACCGCAGGUGCACAGGUAUGGACUUCUGCUGCUACAGGCCACACCUCCACACAUCUGUGCAUCUGAUCUUGGACGAAGGAUCACCAGUGUCCCUGGAGUGCAGGCUGUGCACAACCUCCACAUCUGGCAGUUAACUGAAUCGUUCAUGGUGGCCUCUGUCCAUGUACACUGCCAUGAUGGGUUUCCAAUACACAGGUGUGCUGAUCUGAUGUGGGGGGUCACUAAGGUGCUGCAGAGUGUUGGAGUGAGCUGCUGCACCGUCCAACCAGAGUUUGCCUCCCGCUCUGGGUCGUCUGCAGGCAGUGAGGGGGACGCCUCACCCGUCAUCCACAGAGAGGACCCCUCCCUGCCUCCUCUUCUGACCUGCAGCCUUGCCUGUGAGAAGGCCUGCGCUGGUAAUAUGGGCUGCUCUCCCUUAGAGGACGAGACCAGCCUGCUGGCACCACCUGCUGUGGAAACAAAGGAAGAGCCUCAGACACUGGUCAUCGAGAACACCUUCCUCUGACUGAAGUGAAUGCACUGGAGGGAAUAAAUGAAUGAAUGAAAUGGCAAAUGAACAGAUUUGAACAUGUAAUCUUUCUUAAAACACUGCUCAUACAUUACAUGUAAGUUUUAUGUUGUGUUAGUUUUAUAAAAUGAACAUGGUGCUGCAAUAUCAAGUGAGG